AUGUUUUACCAAAAGACAAAAAUACGUUAUCAUGGUCUUGAGAUUGCCAAAAACCGAAUUACACGUGAUCAUGCUGAUGCCACAAAGUCACGCACCAUCAUAGUAAAUAAUAUUUCCGCUUUCAACGAUUUAGACUUUGUGAUUGAAGCUGCCUCGGAAAAUGUUGAUUUAAAACGUUCAAUUUUCAGCGAAUUGGACAAAAUCACCAAAUCUGAUGCGAUUUUAGCAACAAAUACUAGUAGUAUUAGUAUAACAAAGAUUGCUGCAGCGACAAAGAGACCUGAAAAGGUGAUAGGGAUGCAUUUUAUGAACCCCGUACCAGUUAUGAAGUUAGUAGAAAUCAUUCCGGGAUUGUCCACUUCUGAGGAAACUCUCAAUACCACUCUUUCAUUUGCUGCGAAAAUGGGUAAAACCUGCACAAAGUCACAAGAUGUACCUGGAUUUGCAGCGAAUCGCAUAUUAAUGCCAUACAUUAACGAGGCCGUGAUAGUGCUUGAACAGGGAAUUUCUUCACGUGACGAUAUUGACACAACAAUGAAACUUGGAACAAAUGUUCCUAUGGGGCCACUCAGAUUGGCUGAUUUCAUUGGAUUAGACACGUGUCUUGCAAUUAUGAAAGUUCUUCAUCAAGAGAUCGGCGAUACAAAAUAUAGACCAGCAGUUUUAUUACAAAAAUAUGUAGAUGCUGGAUGGCUUGGUCGCAAAUCCGGUCGAGGCUUUUAUGAUGAUUAUUAA